AUGGAGCAAGAUAUUGUGGAUCAGAUGCAUAGAUUCGCUCUCUCCGACAAGGAAAGCUCGGGAAUUGAAAUAUCAGACACAGAUGCUGAACCGGGAGUGUUGGAAUGUUCUCUGAGCCUUAUCGGCAAAAUUGUGGGAGAAAAAAAAGCGAGUAUUGGGGGUUUGCGCACUAUGAUGGGAAUGAUUUGGAAAACAGGCCGGCUAUUCUCAAUUAGGGUUUUGGAUCACAAUCUGUUCCAAUUCCUGUUUCAAUCAGAGGAAGACAUAACUAAGGUGUUAAAAGGGAAAGCCUGGACAUUUGAUGGGCAAUAUUUGCUGCUUAAAGAAUGGAAGAAGGAUGACAUUGAUUUCAAAGCCGGCGAAAUGAAAAUAGCUUUGUGGGUUCAGAUCCACAACCUUCCUCUACACUGGUUGUCGGCGGAAAUAGGCAUCAAAGUGGGCAAGCUUUUCUCCAGUGUGGAGGAUGUUAUUGCACCGGGGACUGGGUCCAGUAAUGGUAGGUUUGUUAAAAUACUUGCUGAGAUUGACAUUUCAGAACCGCUGCCAAGAGGUACCAUGCUGAAAUUAGGGCAGGAGCAACAUUGGAUUGCCCUAAGGUAUGAAAACUUGCCUCUCUUCUGCUUUUAUUGCGGUAGAAUAAGACACAGUGAGAGAACAUGUGAUACCAAAAAGACUGAUGUUCAGAGGAAUGUGAUCAAAACUGGUCAAUAUGGGGACUGGAUUAGAGCUGCUAAUGGGGGUUUUGGGGGAUGGAGAGACGUUAGAACCCCGAGUCACUUGGGUUUCAAUUCCAAUUCUGAGUCUAGUCAAAUGUAUAAGCAAGGGAGAGAGGAGGGUAGUCCGGGUGCAGAAGGGGAUGGUGGGAAGAGUAAGGGGAGUGUGGGGGAGAAACCAGUGGAGGUAGAGGUGGUUGCAGAUAAGGCAAACCCUGUUGUGAUUAGUGAGGGUCCCCGGGUAGUGGUUAGCACAAAAAAUGUUGUUGGUAAUCCCACUAAUGUUGGUCCUAUGUCUGUAACUCCUAUGGAUUUAGACUCUCUCAAGGGGCAUAGGGUGGUUGAGGAUAACUUGGUUGAUGUAGUGGUGCAAUCUUCUCAUCAUAGUUCUGGUAGUACAAAACCAAAAAGAACUUUUGUUAAAGUUGCUAGAAGCAAAAACAUGGAAGACCAGACUAAAAAUAAGAAUGUUGUCUCUACUCUUGUCCUGUCUGGUGAUCAUGCUGGGGUGUCUGUUCUUAAAAGAAAAAUGCCUGUGUUGGAUUCAAAUAAUAAUGAAGUUUUGGAGUCUGUUUUUAAAAAACAAAAAAAAUAA